CUUGCGAGUGCUUGCCAUUGUCCUACUGCUGCACCUCCCGUAAACUCUACACAUCACAGAACUCCCUCGCUUACGCGCUUGAAAUGUCCCCCAGUAUUACUAUCGCACAAGCGGAGGAACCACUCCCGACUUGCACGCCAUACCUGAUGCCCUUUCACAUCGACUACUCGGGACCUGCCCCAAUCUCCACAUACUUCCGCGUUAAGCCAGCACCACCUCCAGGGUACCUAGGCAAGAUGGAACGUCAAGGCUCCGCUGCUCAAGGUACAAAUACAAAUUCGCAGGAUGCCAGCGAGUCGCAGACAUCCUCGACGUCGCAGGCGACGCUCGUAGCGUCCUCCUCCAGUGGAACCUUGGAGACCCAGCUCGGCGAGUCGCAGGACACUCUCAUCGUCGAAGAUGCGGUUCCCACGAAGACGCAAGGUGCUGGCAGCAGAUUUGUAGCGGCCUUUCGCGGAAGAACAGUACAAGGCUUGAAGGUGGAACUCCCCGAGGGCUAUGCAGGACUGAUUCUGCAAACCCCGGAAGACGCAAGCGCCGCGCGCUCAAGCAAGCGAAGUGGGGCAUCCGCGAAAGAGCAAGUAGGAACGCAAGCUACGCGUAGCUCGCGUCGGUCUUCCCAGAAAGAAGCGAUGGUCAUCGACACCGACGUGGGAGGUGGUGUGGACGGCACCGAGGAAGCCGAGCCGGAAGGUGCUCUGCGGACAUUGCAACCCAUAUCCACGUUCUCCUCGUUCGUGUUGUGGAAUCAGGACAUCCCGGUGGACGAGGGCAAGGACGAGUAUCUGCGCUCGAUACGAGAGUGGACGAGACUGGCGGCAGAGGUUCAUCGAGUUGAAGAGAUCUGAUCGACGUUCGACGUUCGAGUCAUUCUGUCUAUAUUUGACGUUCCUUGACAUUUACUCCGACGACAGCGGGUCGUUGAGAGGGAUCCAGACAUAACAGAGAUCGCAGCUGUAGAAUUGGGUAUAAUUGCUGGAAGACAUUGAAACCUCGGUCAAAC